GGCGGGGGGAGCAGGAAGAGGAGGAGGAGAAGAGGCAGGAGGAGGAGACUCGACGGCAGCGUCCCGGCUGGCGCGGGCUCCCGGCACCGACGGCACCGGUCCCAGGCUGGUGAUGGCCGUGUCCUAGGGGAGACCCACCAUGAGCCAAAGCGGGGCCUCGCGCCUGGCGGGCUCGCCUCCGUUGCCAGGGGGCUCACUGCUGGCGCUGCUGGCCCCUGAGCCCUCCCCAUCCCCCCCCAGCGGGACGCCCUCACCAGGACCCCCCCCAGCACUGCUGGAAGGGGACUGGGAAGGGCGGGAGGAGCUGCGGCUGCGGGAGCUGGAGGAGGCACGGGCACGCGCGGCGCAGAUGGAGAAGACGAUGCGGUGGUGGUCGGACUGCACGGCCAACUGGAGGGAGAAAUGGAGCAAGGUGCGAGCUGAGCGCAACCGGGCCCGCGAGGAAGUGCGGCAGCUGCGGCAUCGCCUGGAGGCCCUCACCAAGGAGCUGGCCAACCUGCGCCGGGACCGCGACCGCGACCACAGCCGUGACCACGACCACAGCCGUGAACGUGACCGCGACCGGCUGCAUGCGGUGGAGGGAGAGGCUGACCCAGAGCAGGAGCCUGUGCGGGAUGUGGGGGCCGAGGCACCCCCGAAAGCCAAGGAGCUGGAGCUGAUGGAAAACAUCCUGGUGAGCAAGCAGGAUGAGAGCUGGGAGCAGCGGAGCAGCCGGGCCUCCUUCACCCGGCAGGAGCGGAGCCGCCAGCUCUGGGAGGACGUCAGCAUCAUGGAGGAGGAUGCCACCAAAGUCACCGCCCUCAAGCUGAGGCUGGAUGAGUCCCAGAAAGUGCUGCUCAAGGAGCGGGAGGACAAGCUGGCACUCAGCAAGAACAUCGAGAAGCUGGAGGGCGAGCUCAGCCAGUGGAAGAUCAAGUAUGAGGAGCUCAACAAGAACAAGCAGGAGAUGUUGAAGCAGCUCAACAUCCUGAAGGAGAUCCACCAGGAUGAGCUGGGGCGCAUCUCUGAGGACCUAGAGGAUGAACUGGGUGCUCGCACCAGCAUGGACAAGAAACUGGCUGAGCUGCGCGCAGAGAUGGAGCGGCUGCAGGCGGAGAACGCGGCUGAGUGGGGUCGGCGGGAGCGGCUGGAGACAGAGAAGCUCAACCUGGAGAGGGAGAACAAGAAGCUGCGGGCGCAGAUCGAGGACCUGGAGGAGGUGCUGGCUCGCAAGCGGCGCCAGACUGCCAGCGCCCUGGACACCGACCUCAAAACCAUUCAGGCCGAGCUCUUCGAGAAGAAUAAGGAGCUGGCUGACCUGAAGCAUGUCCACACCAAGCUGAAGAAGCAGUACCAGGAGAAGACAGCUGAGCUGGCUCAUGCCAACCGCCGCGUGGAGCAGCAUGAGGGUGAGGUGAAGAAGCUGCGCCUCAGGGUGGAGGAGCUCAAGAAGGAGCUGGCCCAAGCUGAGGACGAGCUGGAUGAGGCCCACAACCAGACACGGAAGCUGCAGCGGUCGCUGGAUGAGCAGACGGAGCAGAGUGAGAGCUUCCAAGUGCAGCUGGAGCAUCUGCAGUCUCGCUCCCCCUUGGCAGGCUCCGGCGGCAGCAGAGCACACCGCUCUUUGGCAAGAUGCGCAGCACCCGCUUUGGCCCUGACGACACCGGGGACGGCACCAGUGACCCCGAUGAGGAUGAGGAUCUGCAGAUCCAGGUGCCCUAGAGCCCUGGGUCACCACCACAGGGACAUCCCAUAGUGGGCCUCUGCCCACAGGUACCUGUCACUGGGUGGUGACCCUCGUAUAUAUAUGGGGAAACGGAGUCAUGGGGAAGGCUUUGCCCAGGGAUGCUCCAAGCCUGCUGCCUCUUCAGCAGUAUCCAUUGCCCCUCGGCCACCAGCAUCUCAUGGGACACAAAUGUGGCCACCAAAGGCAGCAUCCCUGAGCAGCCCAGAAAAAGAAACCACAGGGCAGAGAGGGGCACCUAGCCCUGUUGCAAGACACGCUCUCCUGCCCACAUUUUCUAUGUGUAUUAUAUAUAUGUAUGUAUUUGUAUAUGAUUUUUUUACCAAAAAUACAGAGCCCAGAGGGGCCCAGGCU